AUGUCGAUUCAUGAGGCUGAUGCUCCCAACAGUAGAGCAGCCCAAGUGCCUGACUGGUUAAAUUCUGUCAUUGAUAUACCUGGCUCUUCAGUAGGUACAGUGCCACAUGAUGAAGAGUCGACACAAAAAAUACAUUUCAGUAUGCCUUCUAUACUUACCAAUCUUAUGAUAAAGGAACUUUAUCACAAGUUCUUUGGUCCCCGUGUUGUUUCCAUUGGUCCACACUUCCACAAAUUACCUCAUGUUAAACCCAUGGAGAAUUUCAAACGGAAAGCAGUGAGGGAAUUAGCAGAAAGAGUAAAAAACGAUGUAUCCAUUGAACAGGUGUAUGCAAGUGUAGAAGAACACUUGCUCAAAACUCGGAAAUGUUACUCUCCUCAAUUCGAACAAACAAGUGACCCUAUGUGGUGUCAGAUGAUGUUCCUCGACGCCUGCUUUAUUAUUGAAUUCAUCUGCAACGACAAUAUAAUUACUAGUGGCAGGAGGAGCUGGUUGAAUAUGAAGAAACAUGAUAGAGAUUUGGUGCGUCAUGACCUAUUAUUGUAUGAUAAUCAAUUGCCUUUCCAAGUCAUAGAUGCGCUAGCACGUGCAUUUAGAUGUGACGAGUUUACAUUGCACCUUUUAACAAGAAGGUUCCUCCAAAUGCCAUUGUUAAACAUAUCUUCUGCUCCAACUCCUACGUAUCUUGAUUAUAUCAAGGGUGUCCCUUGUCUUCAACAUCAGCAGGGGGAGGCUCAAGCUCCUGUACAUCUUCUUCAAUAUUAUAGAGACCUAUGGAUCAGUGUUUUAUUUGGAGAUGAUGCAGAAGAAGAAGACAACAACAACAACAAAGAAGAAGAAGAUCAUCUUGCGGUGUUCCCACCUUUCACAGCCACAGAGUUGAAGAAAGCAGGUAUUCGAUGUAUCUGUGCAAGUGAUCUUUCCACAGGCAUCCGCUUUGAAUCAUCCAUCUUAUCAGGAAUGUUAUUCCUUCCAAAACUAACCAUCGACGAAUGGACUGUGAAACUUUUUUCUAACCUAGUUGCUUACGAAUAUGCGUGCAGCUUACAAAAUAUAUCCCUUGGGAUCUUAUCUUACUUGAAUUUCAUGUGCAUGUUAAUAAAUGGAGAGGAAGAUCUUAAGGAGCUGCGAGCCAGAGGAGUAAUCCAGAUCAACAUCGUUGCUGGUGAUGAUCAAUUGAUUGGAUUCUUGAGAAACAUAGCACAACCUACUGAGUCCAAUCCUCAAGCUAUUAGGAAUGUCAAACGACAGAUUUCUACUUAUUUCAGAAGUAAACGCUUCUCCCUAGUAGUUGCCUGUGCUGAAAUGAAGCAAAGGUACUUUAGUGGUCCUUGGAGUUUUCUUGUGUUCCUCGCUGUUAUUUUCACGAUGCUCAAGAAAGGGAAGCCCAAUGUGUCCCUCUAUGCACAGGAUCCUGGAAGGGCAAGAUCACAUUGGAUCAUAC